AUGAAGCAAAAAAAUCCAACAUCAACCACACCAAGAACUUCGUUCAAACAUCAACAACAACAGCAACAUAGUACUGAUAACAAGUCUCCACAAUCAACAACAACACGUUUAAGAGUAAGAGCUUCUCCUAAGACACCACCAGAGAUUGUUAAUAGAGUAUCUCCCAUUCCAUCAACAAGAGCUAAGUCAGUGCCUCCAGAGUUAAAGCACAAUUCAAAGGCCAAAAGGAGUAUUGUGAUGAAAUCAAUUCAAGAGGUUGAAUGUUCUCACAAAGGUGGUAGUAGUACUAGGGAAGUUGAAGAGACUAAGGUUGCUGUUUCUGUUGCCCGGUCGCGGCGUAGGAGGGUUGAGGAUGAUCAUGAUGUGAAGGAGAAAAAUGAGUUGCUUAAGAAGCUUGAGAUGAGUGAGGGUUUGAUCAAGAGUUUGCAGUCUGAGGUGAAGGCUUUGAAGGAUGAAUUAGAUCAUGUUAAAAGCUUGAAAAUUGAGCUUGAGUCUCAGAAUAUAAAGCUUACUCAGAAUCUUGCUACUGCUCAAGCUAAUUUAGCAGCUGUUGCAACAACUAGUACUAGAAAGGAGACAAUUGGAGAACACAAGAGUUCCAAAUUUAAAGACAUACAAAAACUCAUUGCUGACAAAUUGGAAAGGUCUAAGGCCAAAAAAGAAGCUAAUCAUGACGCGAUUUUUGUUAAAGCUUCAAUUCCAACUGCAACACCAAGUCAUGCCAUUCCUGAAACUACAAGUAUAGGAAGAAAAUCACCAACCAAUCAAUGCCUCCUGCCACCUCCUCCACCGCCACCACCACCAAUUCCGUCUCGGCCUAAAUUGGCCAACACUCAUAAGGCUCCUGCAAUUGUCCAACUAUUUCACUCGUUAAAAACUCAAGACGCGAAGAAAGACUCCAAAGGAUCCAUGACUCAUCAUCAUAAACCAAUAACUAACAGUGCACACAAUAGCAUUGUAGGAGAAAUUCAAAACCGUUCGGCUCAUCUGUUAGCAAUAAGGUUGGACAUUCAAACAAAAGGAGAGUUCAUUAAUGACCUUAUUAAAAAGGUGGUUGAUGCAGCCUAUGUCGAUAUUGAAGACGUCCUCAAGUUUGUUGAUUGGCUUGAUGGUGAACUAUCUACUUUGGCGGAUGAGCGUGCUGUCUUGAAGCAUUUUAAGUGGCCUGAGAAGAAAGCUGAUGCGAUGCGUGAGGCUGCAGUUGAGUAUCGUGAGCUUAAAAUGUUGGAACAAGAGAUUUCAUCUUACAAGGAUGACCCUGAUAUUCCAUGUGUAGCUAGUUUGAAAAGGAUGGCAAGUUUAUUAGACAAGUCUGAGCGGAGCAUACCGAAGCUAGUCAUGUUGCGAAAUUCUGCCAUACAUUCGUAUCAAGUUUACAACAUUCCAACUGCAUGGAUGCUUGAUUCAGGAAUAGUGAGCAAGAUAAAGCAGGCUUCUAUGAAUCUGGUCAAGAUGUACAUGAAAAGAUUGACAAUGGAGCUCGAAUCCAUUCGAAACACAGACAGAGAAUCCAGUCAAGAUUCUCUUCUACUGCAGGGUGUGCAUUUUGCUUAUAGAGCCCAUCAGUUUGCUGGAGGUUUGGACUCAGAAACUUUGUGUGCAUUUGAAGAGAUAAGGCAACUUGUACCAGGAAACCUAGCAGGGUCUAGAGAACUUUUGGCUGGCAUAGCAUCAACAUGA